AUGCAGGUGGGUUUCGGUUUGCUCAGCCUCCAGGUGUUGAAUGAAGAAACAAGCGGUUGCAAGGAAGGAGGUGUCAGUGCGAAGGGCAGCCAGAGCCCUUGGGCCACCCUGCUCCUUCGUGCUGCUCACGGGUGGAGGAGGACAGCUGAUACGUGGGGCCGAGCAGAGGGAGGGGGAACCAGCAGCAGGAGACCCAAAUGUCCCUUGGAGGAGCAGGCAGGUGAAGACAUGGUGUGGAGUUCGGGAAGGGCAGGGAUUUCCAAGCUGGAAGGGCAUGCAUUCAGCCGGCUUCAUUCCCUCCGGGUCCUCCCAGAGAAGCUCUCCCUGACCACCACCGCCCCCAAGAAGCCGCCAGCCAAGCGGACCAGAUGGAACAUUCUAAAAUGUGCCUACAUGAUGGUCACCUUCUUGUUCGUGUCCUACAACAAAGGAGACUGGUGUUACUGUCACUACUGCAACACAGAAGAGGACAUCAGGACCGACCCCUGCUGCUCUUUCUAGCAACACUGCUCCGUCUCAGCUUGGCCCUGGUCAGUCGUUCAUCUGCCCUUCUCGCCUCCCAAGAAGCCUGUCAGCCCCAGAAGGCCAGUUUGGAGGGUGAAGAACUGGGGUCCUCUGAGGGUGACAC